AUGCUGGCCAUCCUCGUGUUCGACCAGCUCAACGAUGUCGUCUACUUGAGGUGUGACCGCAAAUUUGUGCGACAUGUAUGCUCAAUGGCAGCCUCUCAGGGGUUGUUGGCCGAAGCAGAUCUCGACCCCGAACAGGUCAGAUGUAAUACAAACAAGGAGCGAUGAUUUGAAGCUUAACAACCGACAAUGUAGGGCAGAGAACAGAAGAUACCUUUUCACCCAUAGGGGUUAUAAACCCAUGGAACUCUCUACCCACUGAAGCUGUAAAUGCUAAAACUGUUAACUUUUACAGUAGAACUGGAAAAGAUCAAGGCAAAUGGGGUGGACCUUCGACAAGCCACCGGCUUCCUGUCCUCGUCGAGACCACUAGUGUCAGUGGCUCUUGGGUAAAGUCAGGUUUCUCAAUUGGAUCCGAACAUUGUGGUGCAACUGUUUUCACCUUUGGUCACUUCACAACGCAUCAUGGCUACACAAUUUGGUAAUCCAUAUACUUCAAUUUCCUGCCAAGAUGGUACUACUGUUGUUUUUCAAGAGUAUGCUGGGUAUUUGUUUGUCGGUGUUGGUCAUCAGGAGGAAUCUCACUUGCAGAGAAUAAUUAGCAUAACUAUACGCCUUGUACAGCUGAUUGUUGGCCCCUGUGUCACUGCACUGAAGAAGAGUGAAGAAAAAAGCAGCUUGCUUGGCCGCAUGUUGGAGGCAUGGCAGACUCUACAUGCUAAAGAGCAAAGUUAUUUAGUGGAAGCCGUGGAAAGACUUGUUGUUAAUGCUGAGCUUUCUGCUGCAGCCGUCAAGUCCUUGGCAGCUGUGGUUGACAAAAUGAAAUCUGCUAAGGAUCUUACACCAUGCCAUGCUCUCUUUUUUGUCAGAAAUAAAUUACUGGCAUUAUAUUCUAGUCGAAGCGCUCAGGAACUCAGUGCAUCGGAUGUUCUAUUUAUGAACAUCUUGGUUGAAGCAAGCCAAAUGAAGAAUACUGAUUAUUUGGAAGAUAUUAACCUGAAGAAGGCUACUGAGAUGCCAGACGAGAAGAAGGAGGAUGAUGGGAUUGAACUGGACAGUAGCGAUUCUGGGGAGUUUUACACUAUUCCCACCUCACCUUCAUUUGACAGAAAUAAUGCCUAUGUUGAUGAUGAACCAGAAGGGAAGAUUCGAAGCUGUAUUUUGUUGUUACGGACUGAACUGUGCCAGCUGACUCCCCAUCUGGUACAUUAUGAAACACUUUCCAAUGGAUUAUCAUUGGUUAUUGUAUCAGAGGUGAAUCGUACACAACUUUCCAUACAGCUCACAACAUUAUUAACAGGACUGGAAGAAAUGCUCAGUGGAGAAAUAAAUGGCAGAGGAAAAUUAGUGUUGGAUGCCUGUGACACUGCUUUAAGGAAAUCUCAAGAGUUGGCAAGACGUUUACCCAAGGGCAGAUCUGCAGAACGUGUCGAGAAGGCACUACAACAGGUGCACUUUCGAUGGGAGAAUAUUAAGAGGAGUGGUUUAGAGGAAUGGUUACGAAGUGGAGGGGACGCUGAGGUUCCAACACGUGUGGAUGCAUCUCUCACAUCCCUGAUAGACACAGCUCGGUCAGCAUGGCGUGUUGCUUGCCUGGGAGUCAGUAUAUCAACUGCUGCUCCAUUAGUGGAAUCUGUAGUUUCAAUGACUGCUGAACGCAUGGCAGAUUAUUGCCAUUUCUUGGAAGUAAAGGCUUUGAGGAAUAUGACAUUGGGUUGCCGUUCUAGUCUUACAAUCAAUAAGUAUUUGGAAGAAUUCCCAGGAUUAGUCCAUUUUCUGUAUGUGGACCGUUCAAGCCAUCAACUAACAUCACCCACAUUGUUGACAGAUGAGUCAGGAGACUUCACUAAUGACUUGAAUUCUUCAGCAAAGGGAACUAGAGCUCUUACAGUUGCACGAGUGUGGUCCAUGGUUGAGUUUGCACAUACACACAUAACAAAAGGCCAUCUGUCACUGAUGUGGAAGGAUACCACUUUCAGCUAUGCAUAUUUUCUUUGGUUUGAAGAUAGUGGUGGAAAUCCCUUAAAGCCUGGGGAACUAGAUGACAGCAUAAAUGAGGCACUUCCCUUACCUGGAGUACUCUGUGAAGACUUCUAUCGAUCUUUCUGUAUUCAGGCAUUCCCAGGCAUGGAUCCAAAUCGGAUACGUGUUUACGAGCUGUUUUGUGUUCAUUUAGGCUUGGCUACCUCACCUUGUGUACUAGAACACACUCGACGCCUUGCUGCCACAAUUUGGGAAGUUGCUGGACCAAUAGAUGCUAAUCCAGCAGACUUACUUUAGAAUUUUUUCUGAUAAUAUAAAAAUGUUUAAUUUUAUUUAUAUUGCUUAUAAAGCUUUUACAUGAUUUUAAUGGUACUAUAGCUAUGAUAUAUUUUGUUUCACAACGAUGUUAAGUAGUAAUAGUAUUUUAUACUUUGUAUCAACAUUCUUCCAGUUUGCAGGGUUUAGCUCAUGAACUAUGCUUAUACUCUACUCCCAUAAUUUUUUUAUUAAAAUCUACAUUCCAAUAAACCAUCAGAAGUGAACAGUUAUAAGGAUACAAUUUAUUAAAGGCAUCUACAUUGUAUACGAACACAUUAGGACUAAGACUUCUUGAAAAACAUGUACUAUACUGUAUUGUCUAAGUUACCUGAUACCUCCUCAGGAAUUGCUGUGUAAACAUUUGAAUUUAACAAAAAAUCAAUACUUGCCAUGAUGAAAGACAUAAUUUGCAAUGAUAUUACUAUAUAGUCUUUUUAAUUUUUUUUUUCCAAGGGUUCAUUUGAUGCAUCACGCUAUUGUGAUUUCUGUGUGUAGCGACAUAGUUUAUUAUUACAAAAGCACAAAAUGUCAUCUCAUUUAUAUCUAAUAUUACCCCAUCAACUUUUGUUUUGGGGAGUUAUAACCAUGUUGUGGAACAAUCAUUUUUUUAUUCGUAUUUUUUUUUUUUUAAUGAGACUCUGUGCUGAUGUGUCCGGAUACAGUGCGAGUGUGUGUGUAUUCAUAUAUACAUUGACUUUUCUGGCACAAAUUCAGCUCAUAGGUAUGAUAGCCAAAAAACUAAGUCACAGUGGCUGUAGCUUUUGGCACAAAAGGGAUCAAGCUAUAAAUAUUGAAAAACUGCAUGCAUUGUUUAUGCAUUAAGCUUUAUAAUAUAUUUGUGUAAAUGCUAAGAAGUAGGGUUUUUUGAAAGAAUAGAUAAAGGAUAAAAACCAUGUUAAAUAAUAUUGCAGUGCUGUGCAGCUUUUGUGUUACACAAAAAAUUUGUGUACUAUAUAUUGCGUGUCCAUUUACAUGUGUGAGUGUGUUUUAAUUUGUUCACUUGGAUAUGAAAGGGUGCACAUAUUUUAUUAUUGACUUAAGUAUAAUUGUAAAAUAUUUGCACUUGUGUAAGUAUCCUCAUUAACCCUUAACAUGCUCGGGGUUUAAUCAUAUACUGUAUCUAGUCAUUAUGAUCUUCAAAAAAUAUAUAAUUUUUAGAUUAGAAUUUGUUUAUUACAUUUCCAGUUCUCUGUAUAAACAUUUUUAGUAAAAUACUCAUUCAUUA